AUGGAUCCAGUCACGUUUCCAUCUGAACAUUUCUUUGAUUUAGUGGUAAUCGGAAGUGGUCCGGCUGCUUUGUCAGUUGUGACUCGCAUCUUAGAAAGCAGACCUGCUGCUUUGUAUACGGAAGAAGAACAUACACAUCUGCAUUGGUUACGAAAGAAUGGAAAAGAUGAUUCAGUCAGAAGCAGUAAAAACAAAACUUCAACAAAAGAUGCCAAGCGACCUCUGUUGAAGACCAAAUCUGUUGGACGUGGAAAUGAAAGGGUGAUAGUACCUCAAAAUACCAACGAGCAAUCUUGCCAAUGUGAUGGAUCGAUUCGAAUUUUGAUCAUUGAUCGUUUAGGAGAAUGGAUGGCAAAUUGGGAUAGAUUGUUUGGAAUUUAUCAAAUUCCACAUUUACGUUCACCACUCUUCUUUCAUCCUGCUCCUGCUGAUAUUGACGCUUUGGUUGCAUUUGCCGAACGUAAAGGCAGGAUGAAAGUACAAACACCAAAUGAUCAUCAAGACAAAGUUCGCCGUACUUCUCAGGAUGGAUGUCCAGACUUGAUUGAAGUGCCAGGAUGCGUAGGAAAAGAGAUUUCAAAGCAUAAACGUAAAAAGCGUGCACAACAACCGUCAAAACGAAUGGGAGACAUUGUCAACGAACGUGAUCGAAGGGAUUAUUUCACACCCAGUACGAAGCUGUUUCAUGAUUUCAUUCGUGAAGAUUGUAUAAAGAGAUAUGGUUUGGACAAUGAAGGAAAGCCAUGGCCAAAUGCAAAAGAAGCAUUCCAGCAAAAUGAUGAACCGGAUAAACGUAUUCAAUUCGUACGCGGUGAAGUGACAAAUCUUGAUUGGACAACACUACACAUUUCUGGUUGGGAAAAGUUACAAGGCUUUUCGGUUGAGUUGAAUGAUGGCAUACGAAUUGCAGCAAAAGCAGUCGUUUGUGCAGGCGGUCCAGGUGCAACGCCAGGUGUGCCAGAAUACCUUACCAAUACAACCGACAAAACCCAAAUUGUGCCCAGUGGACCAGGUUGGUGCCAUUCGACACAACUUGGCAUGCAAGGAAGAACAUUACCGCCAUUACCGUUACAACGAAGAAUCAAAGACAAACAACCUUCAUCUAUGGUCGUGAUUGGAGGUGGUCUUACAUCUGCUCAAAUAUGUGAUGUUGCAAUUCGAAAUGGUGUCGAGGAUGUUACACUGUUGAUGCGAGGAUAUUUCAAGAUCAAGCCUUUUGAUUUGGAUCUCAAAUGGGUUGCACGUUAUGCAAAUUUAGAAAAGAUGCGUUUUUGGCAGGAGGAUGAUCCGCAGAAAAGAUUGGAAGCAAUGUAUGCAGCACGCAAUGGUGGAAGUAUCACUCCACGGUAUGCGAAACUGAUCAAGCAAUACCAACAAGAAGGAAAGUUAAAGAUAAUGACUUGUACAAAAGUGGAUAAAGCGGAAUGGACACCGAUGAAUGAAGACGAUCAAGAUGAAGGUGAAUGCAACGCAUCAGCUAAAUCAAGCAAAGGCGAAGAUAGCGGCGAUGAAUCAAUUGCUGAAGAUGAAAUCGAAAUCAAAGAAACGAAACAAACUUUACGGCCUCACUAUAUUAUCUCCGCCACAGGAGCUGCUCCGAAAUUCUCUCAGGUGCCAUUUCUGAGAAAUAUCGCAAAGCAGCAUCCCGUUCCAGAAUACGGUGGUCUGCCAUGGCUAACAGAGAGCUUGCAAUAUGGAAAAUUGCCUCUCUUUUGUGCAGGUGCCUUUAGUGCUUUACAGAUCGGUCCCGGUGCUUUCAAUUUAGAGGGCAUGCGGGCCGCAGCGGAUCGGAUUGCAGUCCGGUUACAAGAAUUAGCCAUCGGACAAGAAGGUGAAGGGGAUGCUGAAAGUACUCCUCAACAAAAAUCAAACAAUACUCAAUCUGUUUCUCAGUUUACACAUUUCGCCUACCAACAUCUUCCGCAAGAAGUAGAAGCAUGA